AUGACCGCUGCGACCGUGCAAGAACACCAACCUCACCCCCGUCCUUCGCCCGCCAGCCAUCUCCGACAGUCGAGCUCCUCCAAGCCGCCCACGCUGUCUUCCUCUCAACCCCGCCAUUACCCCAGCAUAUCGCGAAGGACCAACAGCACCGCGCUGCUUGGUGUUAAUGGAAGUCCCACGAUGCCUCCCCCUCAGCGUCCCAACGGCGCUUCUGCCUUCGCCGAUGCGACGGCGCAACCCUCUCCGCCAAAUGGCCACCCUCCUCUAGGCCUCCAACGAUCUACGAGCCACGACGACUCCUCUGCCAGGCGCCCAUCGAGCGCGCCCGGCAACAAGCAAAUCCCUACCAUCGGAUUCCCGGCUGGCGAGCAAUCCGACUCAGACAGGCCGAAGCGGCCAUCAGUAAAACCGCUGCUCAUGCGAUCAAAGAGCGAAUAUGGGGGCUCCCGACAAGCCGACGAGGUCGAUCACUCCGAGGAAGACAUCCCGCAUUGGGGCGCAAGACACGGUUUCGAAGAGUAUCACGAGUCCCCGGAUGUCAUCGCUGCACUGGCCAAUAACUGGUACAUGUACUGGACCGAUAAACGACACGAGACGACCGGCAAACCGAAGGCGACGUUACACGAGUUGCAGGACUGGCGCAUGCGGGACAGGCUCAAGACCGUCUCUGCUGCCCUAGCUGUGUGCCUCAACAUCUCCGUCGAGCCUCCUGACCAGCUCAAGACCAACCCAGGUGCCAAGCUCGAGGCCUGGACCGACCCUACCACUCCGCCGCCCCAGAAAGCUCUUGAGAACAUCGGCAAGGCACUUCAGGCGCAGUACGAAACGCUUGCCAUCCGCACGCGGUACAAGCAGUAUUUGGAUCCCUCGGUCGAAGAAACGAAGAAGUUCUGCCAGUCUUUGCGUAGGAAUGCGAAGGACGAGCGAGUCCUGCUCCACUACAACGGCCAUGGAGUCCCGAAGCCUACUGCCAGUGGCGAGAUCUGGGUUUUUAACAAAAACUACACACAGUACAUUCCGGUGUCACUGUACGAUCUUCAGCAGUGGUUGCACGCCCCGACGAUAUACGUCUGGGACUGUUCCGAAGCUGGAAACAUCCUCAACAACUACCAUCGUUUCGUAGAAAAGCAUGAGCAAGAGGAAGACGAGGCCGCUGCGAGAGACCCGAACUACGAGAAGACUGUGUUCCAGCCAUAUAUACACCUUGCUGCUUGCGGCGUCAAGGAGAAUCUUCCGACAAACCCCCUCCUCCCAGCAGAUUUGUUCACUGCUUGCCUUACGACUCCAAUCGAGAUGGCUCUUUGGUUCUUCGUUCUCCAGAAUCCCCUCAAGACCAACAUCAGCCCAGAGAGGGCCAAGAAGCUACCAGGAAGAUUACAGGAGAGAAGAACGCCACUCGGUGAGCUGAACUGGAUCUUUACGGCCAUCACGGACACCAUUGCGUGGACAACAUUACCAAGACAUCUGUUCCGCAAAUUCUUCAGGCAGGAUCUCAUGGUCGCUGCGCUAUUUCGCAACUUCCUCCUCGCCCAAAGGAUCAUGUCAGUCUAUGGCUGCCACCCGCAGUCGUUCCCUGAGCUUCCUGAGACACGCCAGCAUCCUCUUUGGGCGAGUUGGGAUCUUGCCGUAGACAUGGCUUUGGCGCAGCUUCCCAUGCUCGAGAGGAAGGAGAAUGAGGGCAUUGACUAUGAGUACCAGAACUCAACCUUCUUCACAGAGCAGCUGACGGCGUUUGAUGUCUACCUGACCCGGGGCGACGCCAUGUCUCAAAGGCCACCAGAGCAGCUUCCCGUUGUUCUUCAAGUUCUUCUAAGUCAGCAGCACAGAGUUAGGGCUCUGAUUCUUCUCGGAAGGUUCCUUGAUCUGGGGCCAUGGGCUGUCCAGCUUGCUCUGAGCAUAGGCAUUUUCCCCUACGUAUUGAAACUGCUGCAGUCAGCGGCGGCGGAGCUGAAGCCUGUCAUGAUCUUCAUCUGGACAAGAAUAUUGGCAGUUGACAUCACAUGCCAGGGCGAUCUCAUCAAAGACAGUGGCUACAACUACUUUGCCCAAAUCCUCAAGCCAUCUGAAAGUCUGCCCGUCGUCAACGAAGCAGAGCACAAGGCUAUGUGCGCUUUCAUCCUGUCCAUGCUCUGCAAGGACCACCGUCCCGGCCAGGGCGUGUGCAACCAAACGGACAUCAUGACCUACUGCUUGGUCCAUCUGCAAAACCAAGAGAACCCUUUGUUGCGGCAGUGGGCUUGUCUGUGCAUCAGCCAGCUGUGGCAGGAGCUCCCCGAAGCCAAAUGGCGCGGUAUCCGGGAGAACGCUCCAGCGAAGUUAUCAUUCUUGACAAAGGAUCCGUGCUGCGAGGUCCGCGCAGCCAUGCUCUAUGCCAUGACUACAUUCCUUGGCAUAAUGGACUUGACUGAUGAAGUUGCUCGCAUCGAAGAGUCUAUUGCCUGGACAUUACUGGAUAUGGCCAACGAUGGAAGCCCAAUGGUUCGCCGGGAAUUCCUCGUUUUCUUGUCUCGGUUCAUCGUCCGCUUCGAGAGCAAGUUCAUCGUUGCUGCGUACGAACAACUGCAAGAGGAGAGGGAGUACCUGCUGUUUCCUCCAGGCCAAGAUGGCAUGGAUCACAAGAUGGGGUUGCACUAUACGCGCAAGGAGAACAGAAAUCCUGACGGAACCAUCAAGCCUACGGCUCACGGUUUCGCGCAUAAUACUGUCUUUGCUGCCUGCUGGAAGCACGCCUUGAUGCUCAAUGUCGACCCUCACCCCGAAGUUCAGCGCGAUGCAACCAUCAUUGUGGACUACGUCCACCAGGCAGUCGCGACUUCGGCCAUUGGUGAACAUGCUCAGAUCCUAAUUGACGACAUCCGCAAGAGGGCGAAGCGAGCUUCCACAAAGAAUCACUUGAACUUGAAUCAGCGAAGCACUGCCAUCGGAGUCUCCAACGCCAUGGCGACCCCACCGCUAGCCUCCCCGAGCUUGCUCCGCCGCACAGCGAGCUUGCUGUUCACUCUGCCUCUAUUCGGCAACGAUGGCAAAGCGGAAAACAGCGAGAAGCCCAACUAUGGCUCACCGGCGCCCUCACCAGGACUGCAAAGGGUGGGAUCCCAAAAGAUCAAGGCUCCUGAGCUUGCUGCCGCGCCACCGGAACAGAGCGACCCCACGGCAAUUCAUGCCAACUAUCACGUCGCGCCAGAGCCCGUUUCUGGUGGCUAUGAGGAGAGAAAAGUGGGCGAGGAAACUCCAACGUUGCCUCUCCGAAGCACUUUCUUGGAGUGGUCCAUUGAGUACUUUUGCGAGCCUCAGAUGAAGCCCAGCGAGUCAGAUGAGCCCGGCAGUACCGAGUACAACGAACGUCUUUGGAGAAGAUCUCGCAAUGAUUUUAUCCUGACUGAGACACAACCACUCAAGCAGUAUGCUGGCAGUCACAGGUGGAACAACCAGCUUGGCAUCACCAACAAUGGCUCACAGCCAGCCAAGAUGGAAUUUCACCAGUUCGAGGACCAUCUUGCCGUAGCCGACGAUGGGAAUACGGUCUGCGUGUGGGACUGGAAGAAGCACGCUCGACUCAGCAAGUUCUCCAAUGGCAGCCCUGAAGGGUCAAGAAUUAGUGACAUGAAGUUCAUCAACGAAGACGACCAGGCAUUCCUGAUGACGGGUUCGUCGGAUGGCGUGAUCCGGAUCUACCAGAACUACGACUCUGACAAGUCCAUCAACUUAGCCUCGGCAUGGCGGGCUCUCACGCACAUGGUACCCAGUAAUGUGAACUCGGGCAUGGUAUUCGAUUGGCAGCAGUCAACAGGUCGCGUGUUAGUGGCUGGCGAUGUGAGAGUAAUCCGAGUGUGGUCUGCAGCAUACGAGACAUGCAUCAUGGACAUUCCCGCUCGGUCGGGGUCCUGUGUCACCUCUUUGACCUCUGAUCAGAUGACGGGCAACACGCUCGUCGCUGGAUUUGGAGACGGUGCUGUUCGCGUUUUCGACACGCGUCUGAGAGCACAGGACUCCAUGGUCAAGAAGUGGAAGGACGAGACAGACAGGCAGUGGAUCAAGAGUGUCCACAUGCAACGUGGCGGACAACGCGAGUUGCUUAGCGCAAGCAGGAACGGCAAGGUGAAGCUAUGGGAUAUCCGCAUGGACCGGCCACUUCAAGUUUACCAGACGACGCGAGAUACUCUCCGGACAGCCAGCACCCAUGAACACCUGCCGGUGUUUGCUGUUGGUACUUCUGCGCAUGCCGUUAAGGUUUUCAACUUCGACGGGCAUGAGUUGUCUCGCGUUGAGCCGUACUCGAGCUUCCUUCAGCAGAACAGGGGAUCACCGAUUGCAGCCACGUCCUUCCACCCCCAUCGGCCUAUUCUUGCAUGUGCAGCCCGGGGCGAUUACCACGUGAAUCUCUUCACCUGCGAGAAGUCUGAAACGAAUUCUCUGGCUGCUUAG